AUGUCAACAUCGCACCCCCCAAAAGCGCUGUUGACGGACGUCUUCGGCACAGUCGUUGACUGGCGCAGCACCGUCACCAACCACCUAUCCCUCUCCGCCUCCGAAGCUCUCAACUCCCCGACGACCUCGAUACCCAGCACCGUCCGCACCGCAGCCUCUGAAAUAUCCUGGCCCGCAGUCGCCCAACUAUGGCGCGAGUCCUACUAUCAAUUUACCCGCAGUUAUGACCCCUCCACAAAGGACAAAAGUAAUUUCAAAACCGUCGACCAACACCAUGUCGAAGCACUCAACAAGAUCCUAUGCGACCACGGCCUCGACGGGCUCUGGAAAGACGAAGAAAUUGAGAAAAUAGCCCUGAUCUGGCACUUUCUAGAUCCCUGGCCAGACUCGUCGCCGGGACUCAGCAAACUGAAUCAGAAAUUUAAAACGGCGACCCUGAGCAACGGCAACACAAGCCUUCUUUCCGACCUGGCCAAACAUGGCAAUUUACCAUAUACCGACAUCAUCUCUGCCGAGGAUUUUGGCGCAUACAAACCACACAAGAGCGUAUACCUUGGUGCUGCGAAAAAGCUGGGCGUCGAGCCUAGUGAAUGUGCUCUCAUAGCUGCUCAUCUCGGCGAUUUGGAUGCGGCUCGCGGGUGCGGUUAUCAGACUAUCUACAUAGAGAGAUCGCAAGAGGAGGCCUGGCCUCAGGAUAAAGUGGCCAAAGCCAAACAAGAGGGAUGGGUGGAUAUGUGGCUUGACCUGGACGAAGGUGAGGUCGGUUUUCUCGAGAUUGCAAAGAGGUUUGGGCUACAAUGA